CCCGCUGAAAACACCUCCCUCUAAUACAUGAACGACUGAUCGUAAACUUCAUCUCGCUUCUUUCUUUCUCUCUCCAGUGGCUGUCGUCGCAACAACAAGUCGCAUUUCCAUAAUGUCCUCUGGAGAAUUUCAAAGUUUGGAGGAGUGCUUGGAAAAACACAUUCCCCAGCCUGAGCUAGCGGAGGUGAAGAGAAUCUUGUUUGGAAAGCCCGUCGAGGCAAUCGAAAUUCCCACGGCAGCAGCGGCGCUCGGAAAAAAUGGGGAUUUUGAGAUCAAGGCGUACAAGAUUAAUGCGGCUGCGGAGGAGCUGAGGAAGCCACGCACCGUCCGCACGGGAAUCAUUCAGCACAAAAUUUUGCUGCCAACGACAGCGCCGGUUAAGGAACAGCGCGAUGCCAUCCUUGAACGCGUUGGACGCAUCACCGAGGCCGCCGCUCUGUGCGGCGUCAACGUCUUGUGCUUCCAAGAGGCCUGGAACAUGCCUUUUGCAUUCUGCACCCGCGAGAAGCAGCCGUGGUGCGAGUUCGCCGAGGACGCGGAAACCGGUCCGACCACUCAAUUCGUCCAAAAGCUCGCCCGCCAGUUCGGCAUGGUAAUUUUGUCACCCAUCCUAGAGAGGGAUGGCGUGCACGGAGACACGCUCUGGAACACGACGGUCGUCGUUGGCACCAGUGGAAAUGUCAUCGGCAAGACCCGCAAAAACCACAUCCCGAGGGUUGGCGAUUUCAACGAGUCCACUUACUACAUGGAAGGCAACACCGGACACAAGGUCUUCAAUACUAAAUUUGGGAAGAUCGCGAUCAACAUUUGCUAUGGACGGCAUCACCCCCAGAAUUGGCUCAUGUACGGCAUUAACGGCGCCGAAAUGGUUUUCAACCCCUCUGCAACGAUCGGUGGGCUGAGCGAGCCCCUAUGGCCGAUUGAGGCGCGAAACGCGGCCAUCGCCAACAGCUAUUUCACGUUUGCCAUCAACCGGGUCGGCACGGAGAUUUUCCCCAAUGAGUUCACCUCUGCUGAUGGCAAGCCAGCGCACAGGGACUUCGGCCACUUUUACGGAUCAAGCUACGCGGCCGCCCCAGACGGAAGUCGCACGCCAGGAUUGUCCAGGACCAACGACGGUCUUCUGGUGACCGAGAUUGACCUCAAUCUGUGCAGACAGGCUAAGGACAACUGGGGCUUCAGGAUGACACAACGAUUGGAUCUGUACGCAGAGUCGCUGACCAAGGCUAUCAAGCCCGAUUACAAACCAGAUGUGGUGGAUGAAAAUUUAUAGCUCCUGUAUAAUGUAGACGAGGGAUAUUAAUAAAAAUAAACUUACGAGUAA